AUGACUUCCUCCAUGUCGACCAUCCUCAUCUUCGGGGGCACCGGUGGCAUCGGGGAGUCCUUCGCUCGAGCCUUCCACAAAAUGGGCAAAAAGGUCAUCAUCACGGGACGUCGCCAGUCCCGCCUUGCCGAACUGGCCAGGGAGCUAUCCGGCCUCGAGACUUACCUCAUGGACAACAGCGACCUGGCUGCUCUCCCGAGUCACGUCCAGGCCAUCCUUUCCCAACACCCCGACAUCGAUACGGUGUGGGUCAACUCCGGGAUCCAGUACCAGGGCAACCUGCUGUCUCUCGACAACUUCUCCGACGAAAAAAUCAUCACCGAGACCAACACCAACUUGACGGCGCCGAUCAUCCUGGCGCGCCACUUCAUCCCGCACCUGCUGUCCCUCGGCCGCGAGGCGACCUUCAUGAUCACGUCGUCCGGGCUGGGAUACGUGCCGAUGGGGCUGUUCCCGGUGUACUGCGCGACGAAAGCGGCCGUGCACUCGUUCCUGGUCAGCCUGCGCGAGAGCCUCCACGGGACCAACGUCAACGUGAUCGAGAUCGCGCCGCCAUACGUGCGCACCGACCUCGACGCCGCCAACCGGCUGGACACGGUCGUGACGCCCAUGGAGCUGGACGACUACACGACGAGGACGCUGGCGAUUCUGGAGAGGCCGGCCAAGGAGAUCAAGGAGGCCGCCGUGGGGUUUGCCGAGAUGGUCUCCACGAAGUGGAGGGAGGCGUAUGGUCCGGUGCUGAGCAUGAGGCAUUCGACCGGUUGA